AUGGACACCAGUCAACACUUAAACUCAUCAAAAAAUGAACCUACUGACUCGAUGAUAACUGCCGCCAAAAACGAUUACGCUUAUCGACUUUACUUGCACACUCAACAACAACUUAUACGCGCAAAAUCGAAACAACAGUCAAGUCAUCAAAAACAUAGAAAAAAAGAUAAAAAUUCAGUUAAU